UGGGUUGUUGUUCGUGAGUUAUUUGCAUGCUAGCAUUAGAUUCUAAUUUUUCCAACCUGCAUGGUGACUGUCUCAGUAAAAGGAAAAUUACCAUACCUGGGAGACAGAACUUGAUUCAGAGCAGAGGUGUAAACCAACACUUUAAUUGCCCCUGUUGUAAGGGCUCCAGUCUCUGCAGUGACUUCAUCCCACGAGAGCUUCUGCCCAUGUACAUAUAAAAAGACACCCAGGUCUCCCGAGCUCAGUGACCUCCCCUUUUUUAUGGCCGUGAUAGCCCCUUUGAGUAAAUGUAGAACUAGAAAUAAACCUGUAUGUCCUCUCAUUUUCUGAUAUUUACUUCCUGAUUGUUGAAACCAAGGACAUCCUCUAAAACUUCCAGAGACUGUCCAUUUUGCCUCAGCACAGGGCUCCCAAAUGAGGGAGAAUGGCUGCAGAAAAUCACUCUACAGUGGUGGAGUUCAUUCUCGGGGGAUUAACAAAGCGACCAGAGCUCCAGCUCCCCCUCUUUCUCCUCUUCCUUGGGAUCUACUCCGUCACCAUGAUAGGGAACCUGGGCAUGAUGACAUUAAUUGGUCUGAAUGCUCAGCUUCACACCCCCAUGUACUUCUUCCUCAGCAAUCUGUCAUUCGUGGAUCUCUGCUACUCUUCUGUCAUUACCCCUAAAAUGCUGGUGAACUUCUUGUCAGAAAAAAACAUCAUCUCCUAUGCAGGGUGCAUGUCACAGCUCUACUUCUUCCUUGUGUUUGUCAUUGCUGAGUGUUACAUGCUGACAGUGAUGGCCUAUGACCGCUAUGUUGCCAUCUGCAGGCCUUUGCGUUACAACAUUAUCAUGUCUCAUCACGUCUGCUCCCUGCUGGUGGCUGUGGUUUAUGUCAUAGGGCUUGUUGACUCAACAAUAGAGACUGGCCUCAUGAUACAACUGCCCUAUUGUAAGGUCCUCAUCAGUCAUUACUUCUGUGACAUCCUCCCCCUCAUGAAGCUCUCCUGCUCCAGCACCUAUGAUGUUGAGGUGACAGUCUUCUUUUUGGCUGGAUUCAACAUCAUAGUCACCUGCUUAACAGUCCUUGUUUCCUAUGCCUUCAUCUUCUCCAGCAUCCUCCGCAUCAGCACUGCAGAAGGAAGGUCCAAAGCCUUUAGCACCUGCAGCUCCCACCUUGUGGCUGUGGGGAUGUUCUAUGGAUCCACUGCAUUCAUGUACUUAAAACCCUCCACAGCCAGUUCCCUGGCCCAGGAGAACGUGGCCUCUGUGUUCUACACCACAGUGAUCCCCAUGCUGAACCCCCUAAUCUACAGUUUGAGGAACAAGAAAGUAAAGGCUGCCAUCCAGAAAACACUGAGGAGAAAAAUGUUUUGAUGCCAAAGCUAUCAUUCUUCCUUAUUUUGAAAAGUAAUUGUUAUAAAUACCCACAGGAAGCCCUCUGAAUGCCCAACCAACAAUGGGGAACAAGCACUUUUCUGCAAGGUUGGGCAAAAACCGCCUUUGCUUCUUCCCUCUUCCUUCCUCCCAUCUCACUACUCUCAUUGCUUUUUGAAUCCAGCUGAUUUCAAGGUCACAUUUCCUUUUAUUUGGGG